GGCCCCUGGCGUCAGGUCGCGGACAGACGGACGCCCUCAUUGCCCUCAGGGGCCCAGGCCCCGUACGCCCUCGGUAGGAGGUUGCAAGGUUUGGAAGGCACAGGCAUCCAGCCCCAGCUGGGCCAUGGCGCCCCCACGGGAUGUGGUGAAGAUCGCCGUUCAGAAGCGUGACGCCAUCCCGCAGCUCAUCCAGCUGGACCAGGCAAAGCCCCUGGCUGCUGUGCUGAAGGAGGUGUGCGACGCGUGGAGCCUGGCUCACUCUGAGCGCUAUGCCCUGCAGUUUGCUGAUGGGCACAGGAGAUACAUCACUGAGAAUAACCGCUCAGAGAUCAAGAAUGGCAGCAUACUGUGCCUCAGCACUGCCCCAGAUCUUGAGGCUGAGCAGCUGUUGGGUGGGCUACAGAGUGGGAGUCAUGAAGGGCGCCGGGAAGCCCUGCAGCACCUAGUCCUGUUGGCCCCAGACAUGACCUUUGCCCAGGAGGUCAUCAGCCGUGAUGGGCUACAGAAGCUAGGCACCAUCAUUGAGGAAGGGGACGAUCUAGGAGAGGUGCUGGCCCUCGCAUUGCAGGUCUUCUUGGAGCUCAUGGAGCACGGCGUGGUGUCAUGGGAGACACUCAGUAUCCCCUUUGUUAGGAAGGUGGUGUGCUAUGUGAACAUGAACCUGAUGGACGCAUCUGUGCAGCCCCUGGCCCUCAGGCUGCUAGAGAGUGUGACCUUGAGCAGCCCUGCCCUGGGCCAGCUGGUCAAGAGUGAGGUGCCACUGGAUAGGCUGCUGGUGCACCUGCAGGUGAUGAACCAGCAGCUGCAAACCAAGGCCAUGGCAUUGCUCACAGCCUUGCUGCAGGGGGCCAGCCCUGUUGAACGUAAGCACAUGCUUGACUACCUAUGGCAGAGAAACCUUCGCCAGUUCAUCUAUAAGAACAUCAUCCAUAGCGCAGCACCACUGGGCGAUGAGAUGGCUCACCACUUGUAUGUACUGCAGUCCCUUACACUGGGAUUGCUGGAGCAGCGCAUGCGGACGCCACUGGACCCCUACAACCAGGAGCAGCGGGAGCAGCUGCAGGCCCUGCGCCAGGCUGCCUUUGAGCUGGAAGGGGAAUCUCUCAGUGCUGGGCUGAGUGCUGACCGUCGCCGUUCCCUUUGUGCCCGGGAGUUCCGCAAACUGGGCUUCACCAACAGCAACCCCGCACAGGACUUAGAGCGCGUGCCCCCUGGCCUGCUGGCCCUGGACAACAUGCUCUACUUCUCCAGACAUGCACCCAGUGCCUACAGCCGGUUUGUGUUGGAGAACAGCAGUCGUGAGGAUAAGCACGAGUGCCCCUUUGCCCGGAGCAGCAUCCAGCUGACCGUGCUGCUGUGUGAGCUGCUCCGUGUCGGGGAGCCCUGCUCCGAAACAGCCCAGGACUUUUCACCCAUGUUCUUCGGCCAAGACCAGAGCUUCCAUGAGCUCUUCUGUGUGAGCAUUCAGCUUCUAAGUAAGACCUGGAAGGAGAUGCGGGCCACACAGGAGGACUUUGACAAGGUCAUGCAAGUGGUCCGCGAGCAGCUGGCCCGCACACUGGCCCUGAAGCCCAGCUCCUUGGAGCUCUUCCGAAUCAAGGUGAAUGCGCUCACCUACGGGGAGGUCCUGCGACUACGGCAGACUGAGCGGCUGCAUCAGGAGGGCACUCUGGCUCCUCCCAUACUGGAACUUCGGGAGAAGCUGAAGCCAGAGCUCAUGGGCCUGAUCCGCCAGCAGCGUUUGCUCCGCCUCUGCGAGGGGACACUCUUCCGCAAGAUCAGCAGCCGGAGGCGCCAGGACAAGCUGUGGUUCUGCUGCCUGUCCCCCAACCACAAGGUACUGCAGUAUGGGGACGUGGAGGACAGUGCCAGUCCACCUGCCCCCGAGAGCCUCCCAGAGCAACUCCCAGUGGCUGACAUCAGGGCACUACUGACCGGCAAGGACUGCCCCCAUGUCCGGGAGAAGGGCUCAAUGAAGAACAAGGACCUCUAUGAGUUAGCUUUCUCAGUCAGCUACGACCAUGGGGAGGAGGAGGCGUACCUCAACUUCAUUGCCCCCUCCAAACGGGAGUUCCACCUAUGGACAGAUGGGCUGAGCACCCUGCUGGGCAGCCCCAUGGGCAGUGAGCAGACACGGCUGGACUUGGAGCAGCUGCUGACCAUGGAGACCAAGCUGCGUUUGUUGGAGCUGGAGAACGUGCCCAUCCCUGAGCAGCCACCCCCUAUCCCCCCGCCCCCCACCAACUUCAACUUCUGCUAUGACUGCAGCAUCACUGAACCUUGACAGGCUGGCCAAGAGCCACAGCUGUUGCCACUGUGGUGGCGAUGAAGCGUGAAGUAUGCAGAAGUGCAGGCACCCUGACCAUCAGAGGCUGCAGCAGAAAUAAAGUCUGCUUGGCUCUUGGGUAUGUGUCGAGCCAGCUGUAAA